AAUGCUUAAAAUUUUCAGUUCCCAUUUUAAAAGAUCAUCAAAAGUUAAACCAAAACCCAAAGAAGGUUGGCACCACAACAAACACAUUCGAAUAUUUAGAAGAAGAGGAAAGGCAGGGACACACACGGGCAGAAUAGGAGUGACCUUUUCUUUACGGGGAAAGAGAGAGAGAGAGAGAGAGAGAUGGUGUGGAUGGCAACUCAAAAGCUUGCAAUUAGAGGGAAGAGAAGGCGUAUAUGGGGAGGAGCGUUUCUGUGUUGGGUUUUCUUAAUGUUGGUCACUCCCAAGAUUUCUCACUCCCCCAAACACCAUCUCUACGCUGACAUGCGCAAUUUCCUUGGAGUGCCUAAUACAUUGAAUGUGAUCACCAAUUUCCCCUUUUUGGUUGUUGGUGUUCUGGGUUUUGUUCUUUGUUGCCAAGGGGGCCUUUUCAACAUCAGUUUGCCUGGUGAAGUUUGGGGUUGGGCACUAUUCUAUGCUGGAAUAGCAGGGCUGGCUUUUGGGUCUGCUUAUUAUCAUUUGAAGCCCGAUGAUAGUAGAGUAACGUGGGACACCUUGCCGAUGAUGAUUGCAUACUCCUCUCUUUUCUCUAGUUUUAUUGUGGAGAGAGUGGGAGAGAGGAUCGGUUUAAGUAGUCUAUUUGCACUCCUUUUCAUUGCUUUUCUUAGUACUGCAUAUGACAGAACAUAUAAUGAUAUCAGAUUGUACAUGAUGUUCCAGUUGAUUCCAUGUAUAGCAAUUCCAGGGAUGUGCUUUGUGUUUCCACCCAAAUAUACUCACUCAAGAUAUUGGCUUUGGGCCGGAGGGGUUUACCUUCUCUCCAAAUUUGAAGCUGUUGCUGACAUGAAAAUUUACCAUGCAAAUCAUUACAUUAUCAGUGGGCACUCUUUGGAGCAUUUGUGUUUAGUGAUGGUCCCUGUUCUGCUCAGUAUUAUGCUCAUGCAUAGAAACAUUAAGUGUCAAAGAAUAGGUGCCAUUAAAGAAUGCUCAUGAAGUCGGCAAGGCAGAGAUGAUGAUGACGUGUUCUGUGCAGCGGCUACUGGAUGCUCGAAAGAUUUCUGUAAAUGAGGAGUCAUUGGAGGUAAAGAGUGAUCUGUAGUGUUCUCCAAUGUUUAGUCAAACAUGUCUCUGCCAUUGAGCAAAUUAGAUUAAUCAAUUUUGACUUGGAUAAACAUGUCUCCCCUUUUUCAUGAACUGCUUUCUUCUGCUGGCUGGCCUGUCCAUUACAGAUUGUAAGAAGAAGUGAUUAGCUUAAUAGGGCAUAGUUUUGCUGGAGUUGAAUCACUUGAUUAAAGAUUGACUUAAUUAUGAACAGCGUAAGAAGAUUAGAACAUUAUUUUUGUUGGAUUUUGAGAGUGCAAUGAUUAGAUUCCACAAAUUCCUCCUCUA